AUGAAAUAUCGAAGUACUCGUGGUGGUUUAGAAAAUAGCUCUUUUACAGACGUAUUAUUAUCUGGUUAUUGUUCAGAUGGUGGUUUAUUUGUACCGGAAACUAUUCCUCAAUUAUCGAGUGAAUGUCUAAAACAAUGGAAAUUACAACCAUUUACUUAUAUUGCAUUUGAAGUAGCUAAAUUAUUUAUUAAUAACAAUGAAUUUUCACAUGAUGAAUUACAAACAUUAAUUACAGAGAGUUAUGGUCAAUUUGUUGAUUCUAAACAGGUUAUUUCAUUUCAAAAAUUAAAUAAUUCACUAGUGAUUGCCGAACUUUUUCGUGGACCAUCUUAUUCAUUUAAAGAUAUUGCAUUAAGUCCAUGUGCCAGAUUAAUCGAUAAACAUAUGAAAAAACAGAAUAAAUAUGCAACAGUACUAAUAGGUACAUCUGGUGAUACGGGAAGUGCUUGUUUACAAAGUUGUCGUGGAUUAAAAAAUAUCGAUAUGAUUGUUGCGUAUCCAUUUCUAAACGUAAAUGAUUUUCAACGACGACAAAUGACAACUAUCAAAGGAAAUAAUUUGUUAGUCUUUCCAGUUGAAGGUACAAGUGAUGAUAUCGAUAUUGUACUCAAACAAGUUCUAAUGGAUCAAAAUCAAGUUACUAAACAUAAUUUAUGUUCAAUGAAUUCUAUUAACUGGAUUAGAAUCUUGUUUCAAGCAGCCAUGUAUAUUUUUAUUUAUUUACAAACAGCAGAUGAUGAAAAUGAGAAUGUAGAAUUAGUUGUUCCGACGGGAGCAUGUGGCAGUAUAGCCUCUGGUAUUUUAUGUCGUUUAAUGGGUGUUCCAAUACGAUUGAUAGCUGCAGUUAACGCUAAUACAGUUGUUCACGAUUUUGUUCAAACUGGUGUGUUAACUGAACGACCACUAAUUAAAACAUGGGCAAAUGCAAUGGAUAUUUGUAUACCGUACAAUGUCGAGCGUAUAUUAUAUUUUAUCUCAAAUGGAGAUGUUAAAUAUGUAAAACAAGUUAUGAACGAAUUUGAAACAACACAUACCCUUAGAUUAUCAAAAAACAUGCACGAUCUCCUAACACAAACCAUCUCCACCUGUGUGGCAAAUGAUAAUGAUAUUGAACAAACUAUUCAGUUAUGUUAUCAAAAAUAUUCAUAUCUUAUUUGUCCUCAUACGGCAACUGCAGUUCAUUACGCUCUAAUCAACGAUGAUCAUCCUCAAAAAAAACGUGUUUGUCUUGCAACAGCAUCACCCUGUAAAUUUAAAGAAGUAUAUGACAAGUUGAAUAUUCAAGAUUGCACAAUUCAAUCAAAUUCUGAAGAAGAACCAUUUACAAUCAUGUGGUGUAGAGGAUCAAAUUGGUUGGAGUUGGUCAACACAGCCAUUCAAAAUGAGCCGUUAGUUUAUUGCACAAAUAUACCUGAUAAGACUCUGACCUUAUCAUGA